CUGGAUUGCCCCGCUGCGGAUCUCUGAGGCAGGUGUUCCCAGGUGCGGACUUGAGACAAAGGAACGAGGAAGCAGGGCCUCUCUGAGACAGAGAAGAAAACUGGAGUCCGGCAUGGCUCAGCCUGUCCGUCCCAAGUGGCGCCGCCCGAUCGGGCCGAGCCUGGACUGCGAGAGGGAGGCGCCUGGCCUCUGCAGACCGGGCCUCCGAGGGGCCCAGCCUUGAGGCUCCAGCGGCCCCACCCCACCCCCUUGGAGAGGCAGGGCCCCCCACCCCACCCCGGCUUAGUCAUGGCGAAGUUGGAGACGCUGGCCGUGCGUGCAGACCCAGGGCGGGACCCCCUCCUGGCCUUUGCCCCACGGCCCUCCGAGCUCGGACCCCCAGACCCUCGCCUGGCCAUGGGCAGUGGGGUGGCCCACGCUCCAGAGUUCGCCAUGAAAAGCGUGGGCACCCGCACGGGGGCUGGGGGCGGCCAGGGCAGUUUCCCUGGCGCCCGCAGCAGCGCCAUGGGGGGCAGCAGGGAGAGGCCAGGCCGCUACCCCUCGGAGGAUAAGGUUCUCGCCAACUCCCUCUACCUCAACGGCGAGCUGCGGGCCAGUGACCACACCGACGUCUGCGGCAACGUGGUGGGCAGCAGUGGUGGCAGCAGCAGCAGCGGAAGCAGUGACAAGGCCCCCCCGCAGUACCGCGAGCCCAGCCACCCACCCAAACUCCUGGCCACAUCCGGCAAGCUAGACCAGUGCUCAGAGCCAAUAGUCCGGCCUUCAGCCUUCAAGCCUGUUGUACCCAAGAACUUCCACUCCAUGCAGAACUUGUGUCCCCCACAGACCAACGGGACCCCUGAGGGACGACAGGGCCAAGGUGGCCUCAAGGGUGGACUGGACAAAUCUCGGACCCUGACUCCGGCGGGCGGGGGUGGGGGCGGCCUCUCCGACUCAGGCCGGAACUCCCUCACCAGCCUGCCUACCUACAGCUCCAGCUACAGCCAGCACCUGGCGCCCCUCAGCGCCUCCACCAGCCACAUCAACCGCAUCGGCAUCGGCACCGCCAGCUACGGCACCGGCGGGGGCGGGGGCGGCGGCGGCGGCGGCGGGUCGGGCUACCAGGACCUGGGGACCUCCGACAGCGGCCGCGCCUCCAGCAAGAGCGGCUCCUCGUCGUCCAUGGGGCGCGCGGGCCACCUGGGCAGCGGGGAGGGCGGCGGCGGGGCGGGCCUGCCUUUCGCCGCCUGCUCGCCGCCCUCGCCCAGCUCCCUGAUCCAGGAGCUGGAGGAGCGGCUGUGGGAGAAGGAGCAGGAGGUGGCGGCGCUGCGCCGCAGCCUGGAGCAGAGCGAGGCGGCCGUGGCCCAGGUGCUGGAGGAGCGGCAGAAGGCGUGGGAGCGCGAGCUGGCCGAGCUGCGGCAGGGCUGCAGCGGGAAGCUGCAGCAGGUGGCCCGCCGCGCCCAGCGCGCCCAGCAGGGCCUCCAGCUGCAGGUGCUGCGGCUGCAGCAGGACAAGAAGCAGCUGCAGGAGGAGGCGGCCCGGCUGAUGCGGCAGCGGGAGGAGCUGGAGGACAAGGUGGCCGCCUGUCAGAAGGAGCAGGCCGACUUCCUGCCCCGGAUGGAGGAGACCAAGUGGGAGGUGUGCCAGAAGGCGGGGGAGAUUUCCCUCCUGAAGCAGCAGCUGAAGGACUCUCAGGCCGACGUGUCCCAGAAGUUGAGCGAGAUCGUGGGGCUGCGCUCCCAGCUGCGAGAGGGCCGGGCCUCCCUGCGCGAGAAGGAGGAGCAGCUGCUCAGCCUGAGGGACUCCUUCGGCAGCAAACAGGCCAGCCUGGAAUUGGCCGAGGGGGAGCCGCCCGCUCCCGGCGGCCUCAAGCCCGCGCUGAGCCCGGUGGAGCCGGCCGAGCCGCAGGACGCGCUGGCCGCCUGCGAGAGCGACGAGGCCAAGAUGCGCCGGCAGGCCGGGGUGGCCGCCGCCGCGUCCCUGGCGUCCCUGGACGGGGAGGUGGAGAACGGCGGGGACAGCGGCACGCGCGCCCUGCGGCGGGAGGUGGGGCGGCUGCAGGCCGAGCUGGCGGCUGAGCGCCGGGCCCGGGAGCGCCAGGGCGCCAGCUUCGCCGAGGAGCGCCGCGUGUGGCUGGAGGAGAAGGAGAAGGUCAUCGAGUACCAGAAGCAGCUGCAGCUGAGCUACGUGGAGAUGUACCAGCGCAACCAGCAGCUGGAGCGGCGGCUGCGGGAGCGCGGGGCGGCGGGGGGCUCCAGCACGCCCACCCCGCAGCACAGCGAGGAGAAGAAAGCCUGGACGCCCUCCCGCCUGGAGCGCAUCGAGUCCACCGAAAUCUGACCCCCUAGCUGGGCCUGUGGCCUUUGGACAAAGUCUCUAGCACCAAAGGCCAGAGUCCCCCCAGUUCCCUCCCUCCCCCGGCCAAUCCCCGUCCCACCAUCUCUCAUCCCUGCACCCCGCCCCCCACCCCCAG